AUGGAGAUAAUCGACGAGGGGCAGACGCUUGAGAAGAUGCAAUGGGUGAUAGUCGGAGGGUCUCUGGGCGGAUUGGCCGCCGGAAUUGCACUGAAGGCACUGGGCUACGACACCACGAUCUUGGAGAGAAACCCGACGCCCUUGCUGCACGACCAAGGAGCUGGUAUAGUGGCGGGGGGAGACUCGCUCGAGUUUUUCGAGAGAUACAACCGCUGCAAACAGCCUAUCGCAGUCCGCUCAAUAAGGAGGCAGUACCUAGACCGGGAGGGCAACAUUGUUCACCAAAUAGAGUCGGAACAGGACAUGAGCUCCUGGGAUUUAACCUACCACGUCAUGCGCGCAAACUACGACGGCACCGCCAGCGCCUACUGCGACGUCCCGCCGCCAGACCCAGCCCACGGCAAGACCGCCCACUACCACGACCGCACCGUGACCGCCAUAGAAGAACUCACCGGAGGCAGCGGGAUCCGUGUCUCGUGGCAUCAAACCAGUGACCCGUCCACGACCGGCUCCCUGACCACGGACCGCGUCAUCGGCGCCGACGGGCCGAGCUCGACGGUGCGCUCCCUCUUCGCCCCGAACGUGCAGCGCACCUACGCCGGCUACUGCGCGCUGCGCGGCACCGUGCCCGAGGGCGAAGCCACCGCCGCGACGCGUGCAGUCUUCUCCGAGCGCUUCACCUUCUACCACGGGCCGGGCGUGCAGAUCCUCGCCUACCUGAUCCCAGGCGUCAACGGCACCGUCGAGCCGGGCCACCGCCUCAUCAACUUCGUCUACUACACCAACUUCCCCGCGGGGUCUCCCGAGCUGGACGCCAUCCUCACCGACCGCCUCGGCCGCCGCCGCACCAUCACCAUGCCGCCGGGCAUGACGGACCCGGCAGCGUGGGAGCGGCAGCGCGACAUCGCGCGCGCCGUGCUCCCGCCGCCCUUCGCCGAGGUCGUGUGCAAGGCGGCGCGGCCGUUCGUGCAGGCGGUCACCGACGUGCUGAGCCCCGAGCACGAGUUUGCGGGCGGCAAGGUCGUGCUGAUCGGCGACGCCAUCGCGGGCUUCCGCCCCCACACGGUCGCGUCGACGGCCCAGGCCGCCCUCGACGCCAUGCUCUACGCCGACUACGUGGCCGGCCGCAUUGGCCGCGCCGAGUGGAAGCGCGAGACCAUGGGAUAUGCGCGAUACAUCCAGCGCCGGGGUGUGGAUAUGGGCACCCGCAGCCAGCACUUGCGCCUGCCCCUGAGCGAGUACAUCCGCGACCGCGACGUCGCGUCGACGCCGCGGCGCGAUGAGGUGUAUCCCGAGUGGGCUACCGCGGUGGAUCUGGAGUGA